UUAUCGUUCGAUUAGUAUUGAUCGACACCUUGACCAGCGACCACGUAGGGUGGUGUGCAAUCAUGACAAUUAGGAAGGUGGCUCCUGAGCUACGUCUCGCGGCCACAAUAUCGGGGAGUAUCACAAUCAUAACAUCAGUAGUGAACAUAGUACUAGCCAUCAUGGCAAUAAUAUUUCGAUUCACGUGCAGUACAGGUGAUCCCGCCUCAAUGUCAGGGGCCAAACUAUUUAUGACAACAUUGUUCAGAGUAUACAUACAAGAUGAUUCCUGUACAAAUUCAUUGUCCGUAGAAGACAUUACAAGAUCACAAACGGUCUUCAUAUUGACGUGUAUAAGUUUGGCUUUCGCGGUGGUCAAUUUUAUCUUGGCGUCAUCCCUGAUUGCUACUGUUAUCAACCCAGAAAGUACUUCAUGUUUAACGGUGACCGCAUGUUUGUAUGUUGGAGUAUCUGUUUCGGUUUUGAUUGUCGAUCUCACAUUUGCCACACACUUUGGCUUAGAUAUGACGACACUGGCUAAUAGACUUAAUGACGCCUCUGCUGGAAUUGAAGAGAGGUAUAUGACGGAUAUAUUACGUUUAGGGGCUUUAGUUCUCAUGUCUAUAACGCUCAAAGGAUAUAUAUAUCAUGUAGUAAACACUGUUUUAGUGGUAUAUAUUGUGAUAUAUUUAAUAGAGCACCUGAAAGUCGAUGACAGAAAUGAGCACAAUAUUCAUAAACUGGGAGUUCUGAACGCAUUUGAUUCUCCAAGACCACACAUAGACUCGUGGCGAACGCGAUCAGACAAUUUUGCUGGGGAUACUAGAGGAAGACAGCAAUGGAACCGUGGUUACCAGGAUGAUGAACCACGAGGGCGAGACCGUGAAACUGCUUUAGCGGAUAUGUCAAAACCCUUUGAACGUUCGGCAUCAUGGCUUCGCACCCAGCCCAACACGUCACAAAUGAACAACCGUCCGUUUUCGUACUUGGAGGAACCAAAACGUUCACCAAAGUCACAAGCAGAACCUAAUUGGCACAGGGAGUGGCCGCCACCACCGCCAGUACCAAUCCCAGAUUACACACCACCAGCGCGACGCCUCAAAUCCGCCCUAAAACAGGGCUAUCCUUAGGCCUAAUUUUAUAUCAAGUACUUAUAGCAUUACUUAGCACUGUCAAAGUUCUGAGGUUAAGUUUUGAGAGUUUCGAGUUCUGUUUACCGUCUAGAACAUUUAAACUUAUCUAGUAGUUCUAUCCUACACAGUAACUAAAACUGAACAUUGUUGUUGGAUGAAUAGUUUAAAUGUCCCGAAGUUAUCUUGUCUAUGGAUAACUUCGUGUUGAACUUUAAAAUCCACUAUGUGUCACUUAUUCUUUAACUUUGGCGCAAACAUAUAAAAUAUGUGCCUGACUUUAUUCAAAUUGAGAGAAUUAUUCUUUAUGGAAACCGCAAAAUAUAUAUUUGUUGUGUGUACGAUAAAAUAGGUAAUCGUUAUUUAAAAUAUAAUAUAUAUACUUGAUGUUUAUAUAAAUGGAUGGAUGACCCAAUAUUCGGGGUGGUAUUCCAAGGUGGUAUUGGAGUUGUUGUACAUAUAUAUAAAUAUAUUAAUUAGAUGGUUGAUGAAAUAAUCACAUUCCGAGCUGUUACUUAACAGUUGGUAUAAAAUAUUAAUUAUGCCAAACGAAAAGAGAUGCGGACAAAGUUGUCCUUAUAUGAAUUGACCCAUUUAUAUAAUAUUUAACGAUGUUACUAACCCUUAUUGAAAAUAAAAUAAAGUGCUAUCUUUUUUGGUAUUAUCAUAACGCACUGCCUAAGUAAGCAAAUCUUAAGUGCUUCGCUACUCUGCCGCAGAUAUCUGAGGCACUAGGAUUGAUAGGUUUUUUAUUUUUGUAUUUUCGUUUAUACUUUAUAUAAAAUAUUACUGCUU